UGGUGCUCCUGAACGCACCGCCCAGAGGAACCCUGGGAAAUCAAAGAUGGCGGGACGUUCAAACUCUGAGCUGACAGGCGGAUUUAAUAACUCUGUGAUUUAUAAAUAUUAAACUGAGCUCAGAGUUUAAACUCGGAGGGUCUCUACGGGAACAUUAACCGGUAUUUAAGCGACGGGAUGAACCGCGGGAACCACGACCCUCCUUCCGGUCUGACGUCACAGGCGGCGGCAACACCGAAACCCAACCGGCUGAGGAGAAGUUACCGACAGACCCAGAGGACCCAGACCCAGAGGACCCAGACCCCGGGGGAGACCACCGAGCCUCCCAGGACCCAGCAGUCCGAAUUUAAGACCCCCACCAGGAUCCCGAGGUCCAGAGCAGGCGGAGGUUUCAGCGGGGAGUCUCCACAGAACGACUCCGACUUCCAGCAGGACAUCAUCUGGGACGCCACCUCCCCGUCUCCAAACAGACCCGGUAAAAGAGGAAAGAAGCCCGCUGGGAUCGUGAACAUCUCUGAGAUCGUCAGCCGGAUCGCCCCGAAGCAUGGCAGACCCAAGGUGGCAGAGCCGGUCUUACAGCAGUGGAUCGGAGACACCAUUCCCUGUACGCCGGACGGUCAAGUUCCCAAACCCAAGAAGAAAUCCCCGAGACCGAACGGCGUGGACGACUUGCUGAAGCUGGCCCAACAGUUUGACUUGAACAUGUUCCGUCGGGACGAGGAGGAGGUGGAGGAGCAGCAGCAGCAGAGUCUGGAGCUGCUGUCGGAGGACAUCUUGGAUUUUGAGAGCGGGGAUCAAAGCGACUUCCUGCCGCCGCUUCAACCCGCUGUGAACGCCGCGGGGGAGACGGUCAGACACGACCAGCCGGAUCUACAGAUGGACGACGAUCUGGACUUCCUGUUUGACGGCCCGACGCAGCCUGUGAGCGGGAACUUCAGUCAGGUGUCACAAGUCAAACUUCCUCUCAGUGCGUCCGCCGCAGAGGCUUCUGGGAAGGCGUCCGCGUCCUCGCACGCCGCCGCUGCUCCGAUGACGAACGCUAAAGCUGCUCCUGCUAACGAUGCGUUCGAGGACGACUGGGAAAACGACGAUUUGCUGAAUGACUCGUUGGUUUUAGAGAUGACACAGAAUCCUCUGCUGGCUGCUCCAAAGCACUGCUCCACCCAGAAACCCCCCCCUGAAAAACCAGACCAGAACCCCCGGAGUGCCCCCGUCAGCUUUGGAUCCAAGAAGGUGGGAAAGGAACACGUGAGGCAGAGAGAGACCUUCAGACUGGACUCUAAUCCUCGUUUCUCUGCCUCAAGAAGCCAGACAGACUCCUGGACUGACUCUAAGGUGGGUCACAGUUUAAGAACAGCAGGUACAGACCCCCAGCAGGCCCCACCUGGUGCUUCAGGAAGACCAGGAUCUCAGUACAGCUGGCAGAAAUCCAACACAGGGAAGUCAGAUCCUCAGAGACCAGGAUCAGAUCAGAGGACUUCAGCAGCACAAAGCUUCCCACAGAGACCUGCAGGGGUCUCAUCCCACAGCGAGGCGGACACACUUUCAGACCUGCUGGAUGAGGACCUGAACUCCUUCUUCUCGUCCGACCCGGUCUGGGACGACCCGGCCGACGACGACCUGCUGUGUGAGAUGUGCGAGGACGUGGAGAACCAGAUCCAGAGCGCCCACAACGUUUCCAUCAAACAGACUCCUCCCACGUGGACUCAGAGGGCGGCUCUGCAGCCCGCCAUCCGGACCUGGGACAACCAGACCCAACAGCCGGCCAAUCAGAAACCUUUUCCUAACCGGACUCCUCCCUCUGCAGCCGGGGGGUCUUAUUCCAUGAAAACAGACUCUUUCAGAAACACACAAACCAGGAACACUUCAGGGUCCACGAGCAGCAGGGUCCAGACUGCCCCGCUAGGGAACCUGCAGAAGGACCAGUUCACCUUUAAGAAGCCCAACAGCUCGGUUUCUACAGGGACCAGGACAGACCCGGGUAAAUGUUCAGCCGCAGAGAUCGAGCUGAAGAAGAAGCAGGCGAUGGAGAGACGACGACAGAGACUACAAGUCGCCCAGAACCUCCGAGCUCCGACCUGACGGAGGAGUCCACGUUCAGAAACUACGGACCUGAAAGGAGAAGGACUUCCUGACCCCCCUGUGAGGACGCCUUUAGGACAGGGAUGUGAAGUAUUUACGUGUUCCUGUGAUCCUGUGAUCGUUUGUUACAUGAUGAUACGUUUCAGAGGAACGACUGAGAAUCGUUUUACUUUAAAAGAAACUACAGACGACUAAGUGACCGCAAAUCAAGCUGGACUAGUUCUUCCCCCUGUGUGCAGGAUUUAUGCUAAGCUAGGCUAACCCCAUCCCCUAAAUGACGGACUGUCCCUUUAAGAGACUGAAUCUCUGAGAACUGAUCUGAGUCGUUCUCGUGCACUUUAACGUGUUUCUACGUGUUUUAUCAAUAAAGUUUUUACUGUUGACGUCA